UUAGAGCGAUAUAUUUUUGACAAAAUGGAUGCAAUAAUGAAUUUAUUAAAUGCCAAAGUGGUUUUAGCAAACAAGCAUUGUGAACUCACAGAUAGAUAUAAGAAACUUAAGACUGAUCAGGAACGUGUAAUAUUUACUUUCAAUGUUAUGUUGGAAUAUGAUUUAGUUCCUGGUACAACUGGUAUGCCAAAAAAUGCCAAAGAAUCUGAGAAAUUGCGGGAGCAAGGCAAUAAAGUUUUUAUCAAGGGGGCUCUCAAUAAUAUGACAUGCAUUGAGGCCCUGAAAUUAUAUACAAUGAGUGUAGCGUUUGCUCCUUAUCCUUCUGAGCAACUUGCUCUUGCCUAUGCUAACAGGUCAGCAGUAUUAUUUCAAUUAGGUUUACAUUCAGAAUGUAUUCAAGAUAUUGACAGAGCACUGGUCCUAAAUUAUCCCGACAAUCUAAGAGCUAAGCUUUAUGUACGUAAAACAGAAUGUUUAAUGAUUUUGGGAAGUUGUUCUGUGGAAGACAUUUUGAAGGAAGCGCAGCAUUGGUUGGAUAAAAUGUCUUUGAAUGAUACAAAUAAAAAAAAAUUACGAUCAAAGCUUGAUACUUUACAUUGUAAGGUUGCACAAACAGAACAACCUGUUAAAGAUAAUUUAAUACGUGCAGAAGUGAGGAAAUCAGGAAAUGAACCUCCUCUCCCUACUAUUGCAUCCUAUAAUAAUGAAGUUCCAUGUGCAUCCGAUGCAGUAGCUAUAAAAUACAAUGCAUGCUAUGGCAGACAUGUUAUCGCUACUCGUAAUAUUCGGCCUGGUGAAGUAAUUGCUGUGGAGAAACCUUAUACAUUGUUAUUAAUAAAACAGAACGUGCAUACACACUGUUCAAAUUGUUUGAAAGUGUGCUGGGCGAAUAUACCUUGCAACUAUUGCACUUAUGCUAUGUAUUGUUCAGAGGAAUGCAGAUAUGCUGAAUGGAAAAAAUGUCACGAUGUGGAGUGUGCUGUUUUCCCUGCUUUGAUCGAACAUGACUGUUACAAUCUUGAUUUGCUUAGCAUAAGGCUGGCUGUGCUUGCUGUAAGAGAAGCUGGCAGUAUGAAAGAAUUAAGAACCAUGCUGAAAAAGCUGGAAGAAUGUGAUGAUCCACGGACAAAGGGGUUUUCUCAAGACGGAAAAUUACAUAGUGAUAAAUACAUUAGUAUAUACAGUCUUGUGACGAAUAGCGAAAAACGACCUGGUCUUGAUCUAUUCAGGAGAUCUUUGGAUACUUGCUUUAUUUUGUACUUCUUAGCGACACGUACUGUGAUGUUUGGUGCUAAAUUACCCGAAGAUUUAAGCGUUUUGUCGAAAAACGAUGACGUUACGUUUUUCGGAAGUCUCAUUUUAAGACAUCAACAGAUAAUUCCCAGCAAUGUUCACAGUUUCAGCGAAGAGCAAGGCUUAGAAUGUGUAGAACGUGGUAUAGCCGCAAUGCCAUUUGGUAGCUUAAUUAAUCACAGUUGUAAUCCAAAUAUUAUAAGGCACUCAAGAUCUAAGCACAUGUUGGUAUACGCCAUGUAUCCCAUUCGAAAGGGCGAGCAGCUCUUUGAUAAUUAUGGCCAACAUUAUGCUAUCAUGCCGAGAGCAAUAAGACAACAGAAGCUACUGAAACAGUAUUAUUUCACUUGUAAUUGUAUUCCUUGCCAGGAGAAUUGGCCUUUAUAUCACGAAUUAAAGUCAUUUAAGACUUUAGUGAAGAAAGCAGAGGACAAGGUUAAGAUAAAAAAAGCGUUGCGUAAAUUUAAUACAUAUGUUGAUAUAGCGACAGAAGGCAACGUGCAAGAUAAACCUUACAUUAUCGAAGACUUGUUGAAAAUGCUACAAAUAUUAUAUGAUUACGUGCCGAUGCCUUGCCACGAAAUGAGUAAUGUCGUCGAGACGUUAAAACGAGUAUACGAUUUGAAUGGGAAUAGAUUUAUAAUACCACAAAUAUGGACGAAUCAAAAGUAGAUUUUAUUUAUAUUUUUGAUUGAUAAAAUAAUGUUAUUGUUACUGUUUAAUAUAUGAUUAAUGCGUAAAAUGCACAGUUUACAGACUUCCUCUAAAGAGAAAGAGAGAUUAAUAUUUUUUUUAAAAUGCUGAUAGAUUUUAAGAGGAAGAAAUUAAUACUUUUUUUAUUUUAUAAAUGACAGUUUCUUUAAUGGAAAAGUGUUUUAAAGAGAUUUAUAUUUUAUGACUGAUAAAAUAAUGUUAUUGUUACUAUUUGAUACGAUUAAUGCGUAAAAAGCACACUUUACAAAGACUUCCUCUAAAGAGAAAGAGAGAGAUUAACAUUUUUUAAAAUGUAUGAUAGGUAGAUUUUAAGAAAAAGAGAUUAAUACUUUUUUUUUAUUUUUUGAA